AUGCCUCCCGUAAUUCCUCAACCGACUCCAUUCGUUCCUGAUGUACCGACAUUCCUAUCCCUCAUCGGCCGCGAAAUGUCCAAACACGCCAGCAAAUUCACCUCUUGGGACAGUCUCUUCUCCCUUUCCUCCGCAGAACUACAAGAUCUCGGGAUUGAACCGGCCAGACAACGACGAUAUCUGCUUAGACAGCGCGAGAAAUUCAAGCAUGGCAUCUAUGGCCCUGGUGGAGAUUUGGAUGUUGUCGUUGACGGCGCAGCUCAGCUUCGUGUUGUUGAGGUGCCCGUCGGAUCUUCGACAAAACAGGGGGACGAAGUGAAUGGUACGUUGCCGAGUGCAUCCGCCACCCUGUCGCCGGGAAUGCGAAAGGUGCUUGUGAAUAUUGCCCCAGAUGCGGAGAAGUACGAAUACAAGCCGAGCGAUGUGAUCAAGAAGUAUGCGCAUAUGAAGAUUCACCGAGGAUCUACAGUGAAAGGACCAUAUGUUCAACCUUUGAAAGGCACGAAUGGCUCCGCGGUCUUGAUCAAAGCGACAGAGGGUAUGUGGGAGGACAGACGCGGUCACAAGGUGGAUGGUGGUGAGCGACGACGUGCUGAAGUCCGAGCGAAGAAGAGAAGUGCAGAGAGAAGGGCUGCUAAUGCGUAA